CCACUCCCAGAACUGCACAGUCGCCGACAUGCAGCUCACCCCAGUCCAGAUCUAGGAAGUGCCUGGCAGAUCCUGGCAACUGGAGCUCAUGGCUCAGAGCCUAGAGGAUAGGGUCAGGCUACCGCCUAAGGCCUCGGGACUGUACCAAGCCAUGCUGAUCAAAUCAGGAAAAUUGGUCCAUUACUUCCAUCCCCACAGGCUGGGAGGAAAGAGUCUUCCAGCAGAAACUUCUUUGUAUUCGGAAAUCCAGGUGGAGCAACCUGAAAUUGGGAAAACCAUGGCUCAUCCAGAUUAUAUGGAUCGAGAUACCGAACUCAUCAAACCCAAGAAGCUCUUGAAUCCUGUAAAGGCCUCAAAAAGCCACCAAGAACUGCACAGAGAACUCCUCAUGAACCACAAAAGAGGCUUGGGUCUGGAUAAGAAGCCAGAGCUUCAGAGAGUCCUGGAGCACAGGCGACGAAAUCAGAUGAUUAAACAGAAGAAGGAAGAGGAGGAAGCAAAGAAACGUAACUCUCCUUUUGAACAAGAGCUCCUGAAGAGACAACAGAGAAUGAAUCAGCUGGAGGAGGAACCAAUAAAGGAAGAAGAACACACACCUGAAUUCAUUAAAGUCAAAGAAAACUUACGGAGAACUACCACGCUUGCCAGCAAGGAGAGAGUAACUUCUACAAAAACUCCUGGGAAUAGUCCAUCCUACUUGAUGUAAACCUCUCCACUCCAACACCUCUGUUCUUAACAGACAUCUAGUGCCAGGUUUUUCCUGACAUUCUUACCCUAGUAGCAGUGCUUCUAACAAGGCAUGAUCUGAGACAAGGUAUCUCAAUGCAAAGAUGUAGCACUUAGUGGUAGGUUUACUAGCAAGAGAAGUGGGGCAGGAAUGGCCAACAGCCCCUCUCCACACUGUGGAUGCAUCCUAACAUCCAUUUGUCUAUUAACUUUUGGCCAAGAUCUUGAGAACUCUGGAGCCCUCAAAGUGGAGCUCCUCAGUGGGAUGGUUGGAUUCUCCAGUCCUUGUGGGGAAGCUCCCACAGUUCACCCUGUCUGUGGCAAGAGCUUGGGGCUCUGUGGGUAAAGCACUUUUGACAUUUUCAGCAUAUUAGCUGAAGCCUCUCCUUGAAUGUUCUGCAUAAUCAAUCUGUGCCAAUCUCUAGAAGAUUCUGAACCCAAGGUCUCCCAGGGGCUUUCCCCAUGGUGAGCUGCUGAGAGUGACUCUGCAGGCAGAAAGAGCUGCAAGGUAUGCCAGCAUCUCAGGGCUUGAGGGACUCAGGGACUUCAUCCCCUCCCCAACCUGUAUUUGCUGGAUUUAAUACAGGUGGCACCUGUGAGGAAGCUUUUCUGGGAGCCACAUUUUCCUGGCUUGCCCGUGCUGCUUGGGAGCCACAGACCAGGGGACUGAAGUCAGUCUGGCUGCAGCAGAGGCUGGGAGGAUACUGAUCUCCCAGUAACUGAUAGGGUGUAGGUGUCUGGACCAGGACUUUGAGCCCUUCUUUGCUUGCUUUUCUGGUCCCAUGAGUAAAUACAUGGGAUACUUUUUCCCCCAUGUCCACCGCCACUUAGCUGAACUUUGACUUCUGGCUCUUAUCCUUAAGCUUCUGCUCCUUUUGUGACUCUGAAACACUGUUUGAUGCCUUGCACUUAUGAGAACUCAGUUGGAAAAUUUAGAUUCAUCCCAACCCCAAAUUCAAACCGAAGCACAAAAAAGAUUAAAAUGGGGGCAAGUCAAGUAAAUGAUCAGAGAGCAGCUGUGUCUGAGAAAGAAGGAGUGGGGCAAAACCAUCACCUUUUUUCCUACCACUCCCGUGACUCACGGACUCUGGACAGUUUUCCAACUGAGCACAAGGUCACCUGCCACCCUGGACUGGUAGUAAGGGUGGGAAUGACACCCCUGCUUAUAUCAGCUGUCCUAGUGCCACCAUUGCUGGAGACAGGCACAUCCUAUUUAUUACUAGUCCUCUAGCCUCCAUAAUCUAAUGAGGAAUCUGUGGUGGCUUCCUCCAUCAUAGCAAUGAGCCUCAAAAAUGCCAGUGAAACAAGAGCAUCCUUAAAGAGUUGUGGGGCUCUGGGGCCCAAUUGGUCAUGGGCAGGAUGGAUAUGGUUAAAGAAUGGAGCAUUUGCCCUAAAUCACCCAGCCCUUUGAUUCCCAGAUGGGCAUUUUAUCACACACACACCCGUGCCCCGACAUACAUAGGUCUCCAGACAUCCCUGAACCACUGUGGAUUGGCAGCGAGAGGAGAGAACAGUUAGCUAGGGCCCUGGUAACUCGGGUGCAGAACCGAUCUCCCUCCUCCAGCUGCCCACUAUGGUAUCAUCAAACCCUAUUGGCCUUCCCUAGGAAUGGCCCCACAGUGAAAAUAUCUGCCACUGCUACUAGAACCUUAAUGAGAGUGAGGCACAGUGGGGUGAAUUGGGGGAGCUGGAGCCAAAUCCUUUCUUUAAUACUCUACUGUUUCCUUGUCACUAUUUGCAUAGUAUUUUCCUCCCACUUGAGCAUAUACACUAGUUAUUCUUUAGAACAUCAGAUGGUCAAAUAUCACUGCACUCUCCCCUUAGGUUCUUGGAGUGCAGAAACAGAACUACCCUGGUUGAAGCAGUGCAGUUGGGUUGGGGCCUGAGUCUUCUGGGGAGACCAUCUCCAGUUCUUGAAGAGACAGCUCCAGCCAGAACCCUGCACUGGAUUCCCACCAAGGCCUUCUACCCCGGUUGGCUGACUUGCUUAGCAAACCCAUCCCCUGGAGAAAGAAAUUUGCAUGGGAAAAAAGAAGGGGAUCCCAUUUAUCACGAGGAAGUUGUGAGACAGUUGAAGAAGGGUUUGCAGGAAUGUUACUGUGAUUCCAGAGAAAGAUGCUGGAGCUGCACAUCUGGUUUCAUUAUACUAGGUACAGAACAUGUAAACAGCUGAGUUGUUAUUUGUCAUGCUCCAUCAUUUAACCCUCCAUUUUCCACCCUCCGAUCUGGUGACCCCUUCAAAAAGGAAAGGCCAUUGACCUACAAUGCAGAACUCAGACCUUGCCUCACAAUCUAGAGUUAAGUUGUAGUGGCCGCAGACUGUGUUUAAUUCAUGGUGCAAAAAGUUGAUCAGUGGCAGCAAGGAAAAGACCAAGUUAGUUCUUAGCAGCUGGCAAUCCUGAUUUCACUUUCCUCGUGAGGUGAUGUCUCAGUUAUAGCUGGAUCUUUAGUCAAUAGGAAACAUUGAUAGGCAUGACCCAUACCAUUGCACCAUGUCUGGAAGAUCAACAAUUCCUUUUUGUGGACAGAUGUAAAUAUGUACGUAGCCCUCUAUGCACACACACGCAAACACACAUAUAUUGUUCUUAAAAGUCAACAUGAGUAGGACCUUUUUGACCAGAGAAUGAUGAUGAUAUUUUCAAAACUUCCCAAAUUAAACUUAAAGAUGCUUAAAUAAAGUUCUCCAGCUCUUCUA